ACUGAGAAGUCAUUUCCUUGGAGAUCGUCAGAUCCUCCGACCACCAGUGUAAACAAACCCCAAGUGUCAGAGAGUGUUAAUACCAAUGCCUAUGACAUUAGGACAGAACCAGAACAAGGCAACCUCUACUCACCAGAACAGACAUCUCUCCAUGAAAGGUCUGUAGGUAACUCAAGAAGUUCAACACAAAUGAAUUCUUAUUCUGACAGUGGUUACCAGGAAGUAAGCAGUUUCCAUAACAGCCAAAACUUGAGCAAAUCAGAAAACAGACAGCAGCAUUCCCUUAUUGGAACCACUGAUAACCAUCUGGUGAGAAGCUCGCGAGCUGAAGGGCAGACAUCAGUCCAGCCUUCAGUAAGUAUUGCUACCAACCGAGUCAUGAGACGUGUCAGUUCAGUCCCAUCCAGAGCACAGUCUCCCUCUUACAUGGUCAGCACAGGUGUUUCCCCUUCGAGGGGGUCGCUGCGAACGUCCCUGGGUAGCGGGUAUGGUUCUCCAUCGGUUACUGAGCAACGAUCCCUUACUUCUCAUGCGUAUGCAUCCACUACUCUGCCAGUACAGCGGGCAGCAUCCCCAUAUGCUGCACAGAGAUCUUCCUCCCCAACGGCCGUGCGGCGGAUCGGAUCGGUUACAUCCAGACAGACGGCAAAUCCCAAUGGCGGGACUUCCCAAUACCAAACAUCAGUCAGAGUUGGCUCUCCUCUUGCCCUUACUGAUGUACAAACCAGAGUAGCUUCUCCAUCCCAAACUCAGCUGGGAUCUUCUUCCCCAAAACGUUCUGGCAUGACUGCAGUUCCACAGCAUUUGGGAACAACACUGCAAAGAACAAUUCAUGAUGUUGAACAAUAUGGACAACAGUAUGAUAUAUAUGAGAGAAUGGUCCCUCCACGUCCAGAUAGCCUUACAGGCCUGAGGAGUUCAUAUGCUAGUCAACACAGUCAAUUAGGACAAGAAUUACGAUCAACUGUAUCUCCUGACUUGCACAUCACCCCUAUCUAUGAAGGCAGAACUUACUACAGUCCUGUGUACCGUAGUCCAAAUCAUGGAACAAUUGAGCUCCACCAGGGAUCCCAGUCAGCAUUAUAUCGAACAGGGUCAGGAGUCGGAAAUCUGCAAAGAUCAUCCAGCCAGCGUAGCACACUCACAUACCAAAGAAAUAAUUAUGCUCUGAACACAACAGCUACCUAUGCGGAACCCUACAGGUCAAUGCAGUAUCGACUGUCAGAGUCCAGUUAUAACAGGCUGCAACAUGCAACACCCGCCGAUGAUGGGACCACACGAUCUCCAUCCAUAGACAGCAUUCAGAAAGACCCCAGGGAGUUUGCUUGGCGAGAUCCAGAGCUGCCUGAAGUCAUUCACAUGCUUCAACACCAAUUCCCGUCAGUUCAGGCAAAUGCAGCUGCCUACCUUCAGCACCUGUGCUUCGGAGAUAACAAAGUAAAAAUGGAGGUGUGUAGGCUAGGAGGAAUCAAGCACUUGGUUGAUCUCUUGGAUCACAGAGUCCUGGAAGUUCAGAAGAAUGCUUGCGGUGCACUAAGAAACCUUGUUUACGGAAAGUCUACUGAUGAAAACAAAAUAGCAAUGAAGAAUGUUGGUGGGAUACCUGCCCUUUUACGAUUGUUGAGAAAAUCUGUUGAUGCCGAAAUAAAAGAGCUUGUAACAGGGGUUCUCUGGAACUUGUCUUCAUGCGAUGCAGUAAAGAUGACAAUCAUUAGAGAUGCUCUGUCAACACUAACAAACACUGUGAUAGUGCCACAUUCUGGAUGGAACAGUUCUUCCUUUGAUGAUGAUCAUAAAAUUAAAUUUCAGACUUCCCUAGUUCUACGCAAUACCACAGGAUGCCUGAGGAAUCUAAGCUCCGCAGGUGAAGAAGCCCGGAAGCAGAUGAGAUCUUGCGAAGGGCUGGUUGAUUCACUGCUGUACGUGAUCCACACGUGUGUGAACACAUCAGAUUAUGACAGCAAGACAGUGGAAAACUGUGUGUGUACCUUGAGAAACCUUUCUUACCGCUUGGAACUGGAGGUGCCUCAGGCACGUCUGCUAGGAAUCAAUGAAUUGGAUGACUUGUUAGGAAAAGAAUCACCUAGCAAAGAUUCAGAGCCAAGUUGCUGGGGGAAAAAAAAGAAGAAGAAAAAAAAAACUUCACAGGAGGAUCAGUGGGAUGGAGUUGGUCCUAUACCAGGAUUUUCCAAGUCUCCUAAAGGGGUGGAAAUGCUAUGGCACCCGUCUGUGGUAAAGCCAUACCUAACGCUUCUAGCAGAAAGCUCCAAUCCAGCUACUCUAGAGGGCUCUGCAGGGUCUCUCCAGAAUCUUUCUGCGGGCAACUGGAAGUUCGCAGCAUACAUUCGAGCUGCUGUAAGAAAAGAAAAAGGACUACCAAUCCUUGUGGAGCUGCUGAGAAUGGAUAAUGACAGAGUUGUUUCAUCUGUGGCAACUGCCUUAAGGAAUAUGGCAUUAGAUGUUCGUAAUAAGGAGCUUAUUGGUAAAUAUGCUAUGCGAGAUCUGGUUAAUCGACUUCCAGGAGGCAAUGGUCCAAGCAUAUUGUCUGAUGAGACUGUAGCAGCAAUCUGCUGUGCUUUGCAUGAGGUCACUAGUAAAAACAUGGAAAAUGCCAAAGCCCUCGCUGAUACUGGAGGAAUAGAAAAGUUGGUGAACAUAACAAAAGGAAGAGGUGACAGAUCGUCACUGAAAGUUGUCAAGGCAGCCGCCCAGGUACUGAAUACAUUAUGGCAAUACCGAGAUCUCCGUAGCAUUUAUAAAAAGGAUGGAUGGAAUCAAAGUCAUUUUAUUACACCAGUAUCAACACUAGAGCGAGAGAGAUUCAAAUCACAUCCUUCUUUAUCAACAACAAAUCAACAGAUGUCACCUGUCAUACAGUCAGUUGGCAGCACGUCCUCAUCACCGGCUUUAUUAGGAAUUAGAGAACCCCGCUCUGAAUACGAUAGAACGCAACCUUCUAUGCAGUAUUAUAAUAACCAAGGCGAUGUCAUUACACAUAAAGAUAUAUAUACUGGUUCCAGCAAACCUUCACCAAUUUACAUCAGUUCCUAUUCCUCACCAGCAAGAGAACAAAAUAGACGACUACAGCAUCAGCAAUUGUACUACAGUCAAGAAGAUACCAACAGAAAAAACUAUGAUGCAUACAGGUUAUACUUGCAGUCCCCACAUAGCUAUGAAGACCCGUAUUUUGAUGAUCGAGUUCACUUUCCUGCUACUUCGGAUUACACAACACAAUAUGGACUGAAAUCAACCACAAAUUAUGUAGACUUUUACUCCACCAGACGAUCGUCUUAUAGAGCAGAACAGUACCCAGGUUCACCUGACUCCUGGGUGUAGCAUCGAAGAGAAAAAACAGCAGUGUAUUUCUCAUCUUGCUUGAGAAGAAAUGGAAUGGCCUCAUUUGUUGUUUUGGUUAUGAAAUGUGAAAGUGAAAUAAAAGAAGGAACAAGGAA